CCGAGGAGCGACAACAAACGGGAGAUGGGACAAAGUUAACAACACGCGGCGUGAGGACCGCAGUGACACGCACAAUAUUUGACGGUUUGUUUCGUUAAAAUGUAACGUUAGCUCAUUGGCUCACCAUCACUGGUAUCCCACCAGUAUAUUAGUUUUACACUUCGCCGUCAUGAGCGAGGUCUGUGUCCGGGUGGCGCUCCGCGUCCGUCCCCUGCUUCCCAAAGAAGUCCUCCACAACCACCAGGUGUGUGUACGGGUGGUGCCGGGCUCCGCACAGGUGAUGCUCGGCUCCGACCGACUCUUCUCCUUCGACCACGCGUUUGGACCGACAGCCGGCCAGGAUGAGGUGUACGAGUCCUGCGUCCAGCCCCUGGUGGAGUCCCUGGUCGACGGCUACAAUGCCACCGUCUUCUGUUAUGGACAAACGGGGUCGGGGAAGACACACACACUCGGAGGGGGGAACCUGGAUGAAGAGGGAGGAAUUAUUGACUGUGUGGCCGAGGAUUUGUUCUUGUUGCUGGGGGAGAAGAGGAAGAGCGGUGAUGGUGUGGAAGCCACAGUGCGGGUGUCAUACAUGGAGCUGUACAGGGAGGAACUACGAGACCUGCUGGAGCUGCACACCAUUCAUAAAGAGCUUCAUAUCAGAGAGGAUGAGAGGGGAAACACAGUGGUGGUGGGAGCCAAAGAGAUGGUUGUCACCUCAGCAGAGGCGCUACUAAGUGUUCUGGAGACAGGCAAUGCGCUGCGUCACACUGGUACCACAGGGAUGAACGAGCACUCCAGUCGCUCUCACGCCAUCCUCACCCUUCAGCUUAUCCAGUGUUACCACAGCCACAACUCCUCCUUACAAUCCGUCCGCUCUUCCAAACUCUGUUUGGUUGACCUAGCAGGCUCGGAGCGUGCUGGAAAAACGGGAAACACUGGAACACGUCUCAAGGAGUCUGUUCUUAUCAACACGGGCCUGCUCGCACUGGGCAACGUCAUCCGCGCCCUCUCUGACCCUGGUCGAAACCGCCACAGUGCACACAUACCGUACCGUGAUGCCAAGAUCACCCGUCUCCUCCGUGAUUCAUUGGGAGGCACUGCCCAUACGCUGAUGGUGGCAUGUGUAAGCCCCUCUCACCACAGUGUAGCUGAGACUCUGAGUGUCCUGCAGUUCGCGUCCCAGGCCCGUCACAUUCGUAACCGCCCUGGAGCUAUAUCUACUCAUACAGAGGUUAAAACAUGUCCCACAACCUGGGACCCUGGUGAGGCUCGCCUAGGCGAGCUUGAGUAUGAAGUACAGACACUGAGAGAGCUACUGAAAGAGAAGGAGAGAGAGAUGGAAAGGGAGAGGACAGUUGGAAGAGCUGGAGAAGGGGACAGCAUCAAACAGCCCAGUCAGAUGAGGAUGUCUGGUCCAGAUAAGAAGGUGAACCAAGUCACACUGUCACAGUACCGUGUCCUGGCACAGGAAGCUGCUGCCCUGCUGGCAGAUGUCCCUAACCCCACUUCAAGUCAUUCUUUCAGACAGCGGCUGCAGGAUUGGCAGGACAGACUGACGGCUGUCAAUCACUCACAUCAAGCUGAUGAGGACUGUUCAGAGGGGGGUGGAGAUCAACGCCACCACGUCACCAUAUUAAAGCUCAGAGAGGAACUCAGCAAAUGCAAGGAAGAUCUCGCCGUAGAGGAACAUCUAUUGGAGCAGAAAGAUGCAGAGCUGAGACAGGUUCAAAAAGAAGUAGAGAAACUUCUUCAAGAGAGAAAAACCCAUCUUCAGGCCUUGGAGGAGGAAAAGGAACGUACUCGUAUACAAACUGAACAACUCGUGGACCAGCAGAUUCUGAUCAACCGUCUUCACAGCGACCUUUUGACCUUUAGGGGUGCAACCUCAGGGGCAACUGUGGAAAUGGGGGCUUCUGCGAACUCGGGCAAGAGACCCCACAGUGUGCCUCUGAUCAGACGCAGCUGUGGGCACGGACCUCCCAGGAGGAUUCACUCCAGUCCCCCAGCCUAUUCACUGGAGAGGGUGAUGGCAGCCUUUAAGAUGCGCAGUCAUCUCCUGCUGGCUGAGAUUGAGGAGAAGGAUGAGGUGUACUGUCCAUUUGUAAAACAACACGCAGAGAGCAAAGAUGGGGAUCAAGAGAAGGAGGAGGAGCAGGAGGAUUUCUUCAUGGGAAGAAUGGGAUUUAGGCGUUCUUUAAACCGAACAUGGACCAGCCGGCAGAAGAAAUCUGCCGUGAAAGAGAAUAACUCUGGACUAGACCAAACCUCUAAUGGAAAUCCAUCAGCACAACAGCCUCAGCGAGCCACGGGGACCAAGGAAAGCCACGCCACGCAAAGCCAUGUGAGGAAGGUGAGACUUAGAGCCAGCGUUACUCAGAGAAGGAUCCAAGAUCUGUCCGUCAACAUGCGCAUGAAAGAGGAGCUCAUCAAAGAGCUUGACAAAACUGACAAGGAGACCCAAGCAGCGGACAGACAUGGAAGGCACUGUGGUGAUGGCAGAGAAGCCAGCGUGUUGGCAAGCCUUUCCAUGCAGAGCCAGCAGGUCCGAGCGGAGAUGUACCGCAGCCUGCAGCACAUGAGACUGCAGAGAGCACAUCUUCAAAGCAGCCUCGGGCAGACGAGAGACACCAACACUAGCAAAGAGCUGGACCAGAAUGGGGAGCAAAGGGCAGGAGUUUUGACUGUAUGCAAAAGCAAUCACCUGGAAGAGUUAAAGGAAAAGCUGCAUGACUGCGUUUGGCUAGAGGAGGAGGAGGAGCGGGUGUUUCAGAAGAGAGCAGAGCUGCAUGAGCUGGAGGAGGAGCUGAGGAGGAGAGAGGAGGUGCUCCUGCGCAGAGAGGCCUGUCUGCAACAGAAAAGCAAACUGGAGAUCAAGAUGCUCCGCUCCAGUCAGGCUCUCAGUCGGGACCUGCUGCGUGUGUCUGUGCGGUUGGAGUCUCUGGAGGAGCAGCUGCAGAGCAGCAGCGGUUUGAGGCAGACUGGAGAAGUCACCAUGGAGGAACUGGAGAAAGAGAGAGACACGCUUAAAAAGAGGAGGGACACUCUGGACCUCCAGCUAAAGGACAACAGAGUGCUCACUGAGGAGGAGGAGCAUUCCCUGCUUCAGCUGGAGGAAGCUAUUGAAGCUCUGGACGCAGCUCUGGAGUUUAAAAACCACUCCAUCCAGGACAAGCAAAAGAAGUUGUCAAUGACAGACUCAUCUUUGCAGCAGCCACAAAGCGCUGAACCCGCCCAACUCUGUGACAUCAUCAGGAAGCUGAAGGGGCUCUCACCACCUGAGGCUUCGGAGCUGCUCGUCAAAUAUUUCAACAAGGUUGUUUGUCUUCGUGAGGAGGAGCGCGGUUUGCGUUUGCGUUGUGAAGAGCUGAAGCUCCACGCCGGAGACCAAGAGGUGGCGCUGAGGGAGAUGGAGGUCGCCAUGCAGCGCCUGGCCCUAGAUGCAGACCGCAGGCUCACCCAGCAGCACCACGAUCACCAGAACAACAUCCAGCUACUGCUGCAGAAACUUAAAGAGGGUGGUUCAGGAGAGGCACAGCAGGCUAUCGAAGACAGACUGCAGCAUCUGGAGAAAGAACUGUUUUUCUAUAAAAGCUCCAGUCGGCAGCUUAAAAAGAAACUCAAAGAGAUUGUCAGUGACUCCCUUUACCCCGUCGAUCAGCCCUCACACACACAGGAGCACCGACAAAACCACGAUGUGCAGAUACACGCAAGUACAAAGGAACCCCAUACGCACAAGGAUGAAGUACAGAGAAGGACACAUAUUGCAACAACACACAGAAAGAUGCACGCUGAGCACGAUUCUCAUGUGAAGAAACAUGCACACCAAACCUCCUGUCCCUCCUGGUCUUCUGACCUCCAAGCACAAAAAACUACAAAAAUGCCCGAAUACAACCAGGCGCACACACAGUCCCAGGGGAGGAGUGAAAGGAGGGCGGGUCACUCUGGGGACAUUUUAGAGAUGACACCAGUCCGUGUGUGUCGCAGAGAGCUGAGACAGAUCUCUCCAGCUGACCUGCAGGUCUGUAGUUCUGCCACAAGUAGGCGACAGUAUGUUGUGGAGACCAGCACUGAGUCAAUAUUAGAGGACUCCAUAGAAGUGCCCAGAAACACUGACAGAUGAUGACCUAUCAUGGUACCUAUGAAUCAUUUGGUAGCAGCAGCAUCAGAUUACAGUUGGGUACUAGUAAACAAAGGAAAAUAUGUGUCAUCAAUAACCAAUCACAAAAAUGCAUUGAAUAUGAACGAAACAUCUUCUCAUCUUGAAUAAGCCUUGUGAACGUUUCCAUGGACUGUUUGCUGUUGCCUUGAUAUCAUCAAAAUACUGGUGUUUAUGUAAUGCAUGUCCAUAUUCACAAUAUGCUAAAGAAAAUGAAGCAUCUAUGUUAACUUAAACAAGUUUUGUUCUCAGUUUUUCUUUAUAAAUUGUCCUUUGUGGAACAUGGUUAUACUGCUGUCAAUGUAAUACCACAAAAUAGUGAAACCACGAAAAAUGUGGUUAAUAUCGAAAUGUCAUUCCUGUGAACCAGUUCAGUCUCUUGUCAUUGCACUGUCCUCCUAUUUAUCUGUCUUCCUUGGUGGUCAAAGGCAACGCUGAAUGUUGAGGAGUUUAGCCGUUCAAUAAGAGAAGAAAGGCCAGCGCUGUCAUGACAACAGAGUGGCCUUGAUAAAUCACUUGGCCGUGUUUUGCACUUGGAAAUAGAGAGAAACUUACCAUUUUGAGAUUACAGACAUUUUCUAAGCUCUUGCCACACCCAAAUACAACACAGCACAUUACAUUUUCCAUUGGAUCUAGACAAGGACAUAAAUUAAGUUUUAAGACUGUUUCUACAUUGUAUUAUUUAAUUCAAAAAGCAGCACUUUUUAAUAUUAUUUCUGUUGUCGUAAAAUAGUAGCUCACCUCACGGUUAUCAACAAGUGCUUCCACUAAAUUGAUUCUCCUCUUUUUUUACAAAUACUAGUUAAAAAGAUAAAACCUUUUUUAAAUGUAAUCAACUAGUGCCUUGGAGAAGUUAUUUGUCUUUCGCCUUUAUUUCCAGCACUGUUUAGCAUUUAAAAUGACCACUAGACUAAAUGCAAUGCUUCCUGCACUACAACAGUAAUAUAAAGCUUGGUAGUGUAUUUUUAUUAAUUCAAUUUUUUUGUAUACAAACUUGUUAUAUCUGUGUGCACUCUGUGCUGUUUGUUAUAUGUUGAGUCUUGCUGUGUGAAUUUUUUUUUUUCAUGUGUGACUCUUAUUACAGUCAAAUGUAUUAAACUUACUUCUAUGCAUA